CAACAUUUACUUAUAAAAAGACGUACUCGUUAUAAUGGAGCAGGCGCCAUAUUGCUCAUCCGACGUAUGGUCUGAACUGCAAGACCCAAGUUAGCCGUCUACCGUGGUACUAUACUUUUCGAUUAUAACACAGACUGCCAUUUCCUUGAUACGUGUGGAUCUCACAACAGCAAUAUGGCGGGGUCUCUCUUCCUUUUGACUGCUUGCAGUUUGAUGACCUCUGUGUCGUCCUGGAAAAGGACCAGUCUUAUGCCUUUUCCUAAAAAGUGUACCAUUGGUCCAAUGGCGGAUCUUGAUAGGCAUAAGUUACCGUUAAAUGGCAUGUGGUAUGAGUUGGUCAUCACCCGGCUAUCUACACACAAUGAGUCAAGGUAUCUGAAGAACGACGCUUUUAAUGCGACUUUACUGGCUGGAGGACCCGCCGUAAGAAUGCAGAGAUUUAGAAGCUGGUCUAACGAGGACACAUGUGACGAACUUGAAUUCACAUUUUUACCAACGGAAGAGGAAGGAGUGCUUGCUGCCACAAAGGACGACGGGACCUUUAUGUACUAUAGUUAUAUUAUUGAAACAGAUGGUCACUUUAUAAUGACCCGUGACUACUACCCGGAUCUUGACGAGAGCACAUACCACCUCUGGAGCCAGUACAUGUGCUUCAACCCUAGAGACGUCGCUAAAAUUUUGAACCGUAUUUCUUCAGACCCAUGUCUGAGAGAAAAGAAGUAUGUGGAAAUGGAACAUUCUACUGUUUGCGGGAUGCCCCCUGCUGCCAUUUGGUCCGAGAUUCUUCAGUAGGCGAAAUUUUGUCCAACUAACAUGACCGAAA